AAAAAUCAAUUCAACUGUUUUUCGUAUCGUUUCUCGAAGACUCACCAUUGUUCCCUGCUCUUCCGAACCCUAAAAUUUCUUAAUGUAGUUUCAAUUUUGAAUAUCUCGAAAAUAUCUUGUUGUUGCUAACUCUGAUCGAUCUCACCGUGACCCCGGCUGAGAUCGAUCGACCGAUCGAUUGUUAGAAUCUAUGGAGUUGUUCCAGCGUGCAAAGUCAAUCAGGCUGCGAAGCCACCACGACAAGUACCUCCUUGCGGAUGAGGACGAGGAGCACGUGUGCCAGGAACGUAGUGGCUCGACGAAGCGAGCACGGUGGACGGUUGAGUUUGUGGAGGGCCACCCCCUGAUCCGGCUCAAGAGCUGCUAUGGAAAGUACCUCACCGCCUCUAGUGAGCCCUUCCUCCUCGGCAUGACCGGAUGCAAGGUCCUGCAGACCGUUCCUCGUCGCCUCGAUUCGUCCGUGGAAUGGGAGCCCAUCCGAGAUGGAAUGCAGGUUAAGCUCAAGACACGAUACGGGAAUUUCCUCCGAGCUAAUGGAGGUCUGCCGCCGUGGAGAAACUCCGUCACCCAUGACAUUCCGCAUCGCCACCACGAUUGGGUGCUCUGGGACGUGGAUGUUGUCGAGAUUCGCGCGGUUGAGCCGUCUGCGGCUGAGCCGGAGAACUUCUCUGCUGUCUCAUCAUCGGAAUCAGUUUCAAGGUUGUCCAAGCAAGAGUCAUCCUCUUCUUACAGUGGUUCACCUCACAAGUCUGAAGGUCGGAGUAUUCACUAUUUAAUUGCGAAUGACAGUGGUGAGAUUGAGGAUGGUAGCGAGUACACCUUCAGAUUCAAGGGGACUAGCGUGCAGGAACUUACGGAAAAGCUGAUGGAAGAAACAGAGCUGUCUGAUAUUAUUGUUUGCUCCCGAAACCCUCUAAAUGGGAAACUCUAUCCUCUGCGUCUGCAACUUCCUCCGAACAACACAGCCUUGCAUGUUGUGUGGCCCAGAGUUUCCCGAAGCCGCAAAAUCUUCCGUAGAAGAUCCGUUUGUCUAUUUACUAUCAUAUUCGAUUCAUCUGCACAUUAUUCGCUUUCAACAAUCCACAUUCAGAGGAUGUUUCAAUAUUCUGAAAUGAUAUUUUUAUUAACAUGAAUACAGAAUUCAUUAAAGGAUUGUCCAGCUAUUCCUUAAAUAAUUGUACAGUUAUUAUGUGCAUUAUUGGUGUUAUAUGAUCUAUUUCAGAACCCCUGCAUCUGUUCUUAUUGA